GUGCCAAGCAGCCUCGAAAGGAGCCUCCAGGUUCCUUCGAAGUCGAGACGCCGCAGGCGCCGCCGGAUCCGUGCUUCCCUGCGGCUACUGAAGGCCAUGGAGGAGUCAGGGCGGCCAGCAGGCCAGGCGCUGACCAUGUCGAGCAUCUCCGACCUCUUGCGAUCCAGGUCCGAGCAGGAUCCGUCCCGGUCCUCGUCUCCAGGGGACGACGCCUCCUCCGCUUCCUCCUCGGAGCCGGAGGUGGCGGAGACGAGUGCGCAGAGCAGCCUCGACUGGCGAAGCUGGAAGGAGCUUCCCGUGGAGAUCCUGGAGUGGCUGAAAGUGAACCUGAUGCAGUCGGAAGAAGCGGGAGUCCACGGAG